CCAUUAUUUAUCUAUUUCAAUUUGGAUUCUGAACUCGUUUGAUAUUGAUUUCGCAUCGAAAGAUUAGUUUUCUUUAAUUUCCAAAUAGCUGUGUAUAAUAUCAAAUCAAGUUAAAUCACCGAAAAUGUCCUCUCCAUCGAACGAUGAUUCAUUGAAACCAAUUUAUGGACCAUUUUUCGGCAUAAUGGGCUGUGCUUCGGCAAUGAUAUUCAGCUCGAUGGGUGCAGCAUAUGGUACAGCUAAAUCUGGUAUUGGUAUUUCGUCGAUGGCCGUUAUGCGUCCUGAUUUGAUUAUGAAAUCAAUUAUUCCGGUUGUUAUGGCCGGUAUUAUUGCUAUUUAUGGUCUAGUCGUAUCGGCUUUGAUUGCCAACAAUAUUAAACCAGGCGGUAAAGAGGGUGGAUAUUCAUUGUUUAAUGGAUUUCUUCAUAUGGGUUCGGGUUUAUCGGUUGGAUUUGCUGGAUUAGCUGCCGGUUAUGCUAUCGGACUGGUUGGUGAUGCUGGUGUACGUGGUACAUCACAACAACCACGUCUAUUUGUUGGUAUGAUUUUGGUAUUGAUUUUUGCCGAAGUAUUGGGCCUAUAUGGCUUGAUCGUUGCAUUGGUUUUGACAACAAAAGCAUCGUAAAUCGUAUGGAAUCAAUCAAUCAAUCUAUAGCAAUUCCAAUUCUAUUCCAGACCAAAAUUCGUUUUUUUCUUUCUCCAUAUCUCAUCAUUUUAAGUUUAUUCAAUAAUCAAGAUAUUAUAGUUAUUUCAUUUCAUAAUUAUUAUUUAUGUGCGUGUUCGUUUUUGUGAUUAUUUCUUGUAAUUCAUCAAUCUAUAUUGAAAAUUAUGAAAUUUAUUUGUAAAUAAAUUGAUUGUUGGGAAAAA